AUGGAAGAUUUUCGAGGUAUAGAUGAAGAGUCAUUUCCGAGCUUCUUAACCAAUUCCUUAAUUGGUAAUAGUGGCAUUUUAGAAAAUGUCUCUCUUUCUUCAAAUCUUGGCUUGCCUGUUGCGGUUUCUACACUUGCUAGAAAUAGAGCCAGUACUGAUGACAGGUGUUCUAAUAUCCAAGCAUCUUACUUAGUAGAUGGGAGAUUUUCGGUUCCAUCUGAAUCAUUUCACAGCAUUCAGAACGAUACUGAACCAAAACAGAAGCUACAACUUAGCUUCCAUGAAGAUGAUUCUCUCUCUAGGAAAAAAAACCCUAUGGAAAUUCAACUUUUGUCUGAUGCUCUGAUAAGAAAGCCAGCUUUGCAAAGUAAUAUAGCAAGAACACAAGAGGAACAAAUUCAAACUGCAAAAUCCUGCCAGGGCCAAGAUAUGUUUGAUGAGGUUUCUCUUCUGCAACAAGUGCAAGACUCACCUAUCGAUUUUUAUUUACAGUCACCGUGGAUGAAUCAUAAGGAACAUGAGAUUGUUGUACCUGAUGCUGGGACACAUUUUGAAGAGGAGACUCCGAAGAGUGAAUUAAGCCAUAUUAUCUUAUUAGAAAAUGAGAAGCUUAUGCCAUUGACAAGCUUUGAAGAUUCUUCUGAUGAUGAUAUUGAUGAUGAAGAAUUUUAUGAUGAUCAUUUGGAGGCUUAUUUUGAACAACUGGCAAUUCCAGGAAUGAUACAUGAAGACAUAGAAGAACAGGAAACUGUAGUAAAACAUUUCAAGUUGCCUGCUACUGGUAUAUUCUUUCACCAGGUAAAUGAAGACAGUAGCCAAAACUAUAGAUCUCAGUCAGAAAGUGACAGCUCUCUGACACUUUUUGCCUCACAAGCUGUGGGAAAUUCUGAAAUGAGCCACAAAGAAUCUCAAGAAGGCCUUGUUGUUUGUCUACCUGGAAUCAGUAAUUUUGUAGACAUUGGAGUCAGUAGAAAGCAUAAUAAUGGCAUGCUACCAUCUUCCUCCAAUAUGUGGAAAAUUGAAGAGAAAGGAGGGACAGGAAGUUUGAAGGGUACUGUUUCACAUUGUAACAAAGAUAGUACAAGAGAUGAAGAUAUGGUGACGACCAUGAGGACUACUGAUUUGAAACUUAACUCUCUUUAUUUUCAUAACACAAAAACUGAGAAAGGUGAUUUUAGCUUGAUUGGCUCCGUUAAGCAAGGGGCAGAUUCUUUGCAUCAAAAUAAGCAUUUGGCAUCAGAUUCAAAAGUAGUUUUGCAACCGGAUAAAUGUUCAGGCACCGAGAUCCCCAGAGUGUCUUUUCAAAAAAACAUUGAUAUAACAUCUUUGAAUCCUGUUAAUGACAAUGGAAUUAAGUCCACUGAUAUUCCCUGGUCACCAACUUGUGAAAGGCGAACAUGUGUCAGUUUCGAAUCUAUUGAAAAAUGCAAAAACCAAAUGGAACCUACACAGAGUGUGGUCUAUCAAAAUGAAGAAGGCAAAUGGGUAACUGAUCUUGCUUACUAUACAUCAUUUAAAGAGGAAGACUUAAAGAUGUCUCUAAUUGAUGAGCAGAAUGAAGACUUCAGAUCUGGUUCUGAAGCUUUGGCUUUGAUUGCACAAGAUGAAGAAGAAUUUAAUAAAGAACAUCAGUUUAUGCAGGAAGAAAAUAUGGAUGCCCAGAACACUUCAGUUGCAUUAGGGGAUAUGUCCUGGGGAGCUUCAUUUAAUUUUAAUCUGUUGAGGAAAUCAUUUAGCACAUCAGAUUUGGACAAAGAUGAUGCCAGUUAUUUACGUCUGUCUUUAGGAGAAUUCUUUGCUCAAAGAUCUGAAGCUCUUGGUUGCCUUGGUGGUGGUAACAACGUGAAAAGACCAUCAUUUGGUUACUUUAUUAGAUCCCCAGAGAAGAGAGAACCUAUUGCUUUAAUAAGAAACUCUGAUGCAUCAGAAAGCAAUUUGGAAAAAGAAGUGGCUCAUCUUAACAAUAAUACAUUUGCAGGAGGUUUAAAUGAGCCAUCAAAGGCACAACUAAGUGAAGCAACAAUUAAACUUACCGUUGAAGAAUUGGAGAGUACUUCACAAGAAAAUGAAUGUGAUAUGACAUUAACUACUAAUAAAGACAUAGUGGAGGACAGUUUCAUAAUGAACAGCAAGCCCAGAAGAUACAAGGAUAAGCUUUCUGAUAGUGACGAUUCUGUACUUAGAAUAAGCACCAUUGCUUCAGCCAUUGCAAAUGCAUCUGUCUCUACGGAUUCUUCCCAGCUUGCUGCCAUGAUAAAGUCACUUUCAAAUCCAACCAGAGUGAAGAUUUUUCAAGAAGAUAAUAAGCAAAAAGAUAUAUCUAAUGUGUCUUGUUUCUUACCUAAUGAUUUAGAAAAAAGUAAUGACUGCAAUGCAUUUGAUAUUGAAAAAUACCUUAAGAAAACAGAACUUAGUAGAUAUGAAGUUGGAUUGGAAAACUUUUCUAGAUCUGAUGUGUCUAAUAUUUGCAAUUUAUCUUUGCCAAAAGAAGAGACUACACAAGCUACCCAUAUGGUGGACUUAGGUGCUACUAACCUAAAUAGAACAGAACCAGAACAGAACACAGCAGCUCUUCCUAGUAAAAACAGAGAGAACAAGAACAAGGAAUCAUUUAGAAUUACAAACUCUUCAAGUUCAAUUAUUACUAAUAUAAAAGAGAAUGAUAGCACAAAAGUUGAUAUAAAGACGCAUUCCAGUGGCACCAAAUUACUAGCUGUUGGUAACAGUGUAAAUACUACCUCAGUUUCCACUCCAACAUCUGAUAGUUACUCACUACUAAGGAACUCCACACUGACAUCCAUUUGUCUGUUAAAUAAAAGUGAAGAAAUACAAAAUAAUAGAGAAAAUCAGGGGCAAAAUGAGUAUCUUAGUGAAUCAAGCAACAAUGAAAAACAUGUGACUUUUGAAAAACAUUCCUCUUUCUCACCUGAAAAUUUUGAUUUGGAAGAUACCUCCCCUGAGCGUGGUGGACAUGGUUCAGAGGAUGACCAGGAUAGCUUUAAACCCUCAACUUCACCACUGAGUCAUUCUUCUCCUAGUGAUGUUUCUAGAACAACUGUAUCAGGGUGUGCUUUAGAAUGUUUGAGUUCAACCACGCAUUCUCAGAAGCCCUCCAAUGAGAGUGUGUUGUGUCAGUUGGCAUGCUCCUGUGCUAGUGUGCACAGGCUGACUGACCUGUCAGAGCAGGAGAGCAACUAUCCUGUCUCAAUCAUAGAUUACAGCCAUGAGGACUAUCAGAAUGAUAUCACCAGUGAGUUGAGCACCACAAUUAUUUGUGCCAGUCCAACACCAUUAGAGGAACACACUGUGGAAAAUUUGAAAGAAAAUGUCCCAUUUCAAGGAAAAGAAACAAGAACGUUAUCUUAUGUUAUUCAGAACAACUUGGAUAAGAAAAAAGUGACUGAAACUGCUCUUCUGAGUAGCAAAACUGAAGAUGUAAAACCUAAUUUGAGAGUGUGUAAAGAUUCUUCUUCCCAAAGCGGAGAUUUCUCUGAAACCAGCCCUUUAGAUAUGGUAUCAAACUCUCAUGAAUUGGGCCAGAAUAAUAUGGCUUUACCCAGAAGGUCAUGUCUCAGCCAUCAGACUUUGUCAAAUACUGCUGAUCUCUCCAUAUCAUGCCCAGAAUCUGUUAACAAAGAUUUAAGAAUGACUUCUAAAGAUAAGUUCACACCCAACAGUGAAUUAAAUGGCCAAAUUCCUAACCAGAUGGUACCUGGCAACCAGUGUGCACCUAUCACCAGCUUUAACAGCUGUGGCUCUGCUCCUGACAUGCAGCACUUGUCUGCUGCUGUCCCUGUACUCUUGACUGGACGUUCUCCGACCACCACACCUUUUGCCCAGCAAUAUUUGGGGGCCCUGCCUUCAGCUGGAAAUGUUGCUUUGCCUCCGUGUCAUGUUGGUGGUGCUACAGUAUGUGGUUUCUUAGGAGGCUGUCCUCAUCCUGAUCUACCGGAUACACGUGUUCAGAACUCAGUGGCUGUAGGAAUUUGUCUAGGACAAAAUUUAAGUUCUGGAUUGAUGGGCACUGCUUCCCUAUAUAACUCAUAUUCGAAUGCCUUAAGUCAGAAUCUUCUAAGUACAGCAAAACCUCUUCCUGUGCAGUCUGUUACUACAAGCUGUGGAAUUGGACCAUGGGAUUCAGGAAGGAUGCCAGAAGUUGGGAAUGUAAGAGUACCUGAGGAAUUGAAGUUUCCUCAUGCUUGCUGUGUUGGUAUUGUUUCCCAAACCCAUCUCAGUGUCUUGAAUCCAGCUGACCACUGGGUACAGGUCAGCAUUAGGGUGCUCAGUGUCAGUGUUAAUGGUGAAAAGGUGGAUCUUUCAAUGUAUCCAUGUUUAGUUUUCAAGAAUAAAGUCAUUGUAAGACCUCACGCCACAGAAGAGAUAAAAGUACUUUUUAUACCAUCCAGUCCUGGGAUUUUCAGAUGUAUAUUCAGUGUUGCUGCUUGGCCAUUUUCAGCAGAUGCUGAAACAAUAGUACAAGCUGAAGCCUUAGCCAAUAGAGUCAUUCUCACUGCUGUUGCAGAGACCCCUAUUAUAGAGGUAGAAACAGAAAAGAAAGACCUUCUUGACUUUGGUGACUUGACUUAUGGAAGCUGGAAAGCUCUCCCAUUAAAAAUGAUAAACAGGACGCAUGCAACUGUGCCGGUCAGACUUGUUAUUAAUGCUAAUGCCAUUGCCUGGCACUGCUUCACAUUUUCUAAGGAACCAGUUGAUGCUUCUUUAAAAGAUCCUCCCUAUGUCGAUGUGAUUGCUCAGCUAGCAGCUCCAUCUGUGAUAAAUCAUGUGAUGCCAGCCAGUUAUGAUGGACAGGAUCCAGAAUAUCUGAUAAUUUGGAUUCUAUUCCAUAAUCCAAAGAAACAGACUUGCUUUUCAGAGAUUGUGGACUCAGCAGAAGAAUUCCUGGCAAGAGUUGAUAUAGAACUUGAUAGCCCAAACCCUUCUCCAGUUAUAAAAAGUGUUAAUCUUCGAGCAAGAAUAGGAAUAGCUAGGAUACAUGCUCCAAAAGACUUACAGACCAUGCAUUUGUUUGCCAGUGUGGCUUCUUCAACAAAGCAGCAAUUACCUUUGAAAAAUGCUGGGAACAUUGAAGUUUGUUUAAGUAUUAAGAUCCCAGAACUAGAAAGUCACUUUUCAGUGGACCCUGAACAUCUAUUUCUUAAACCUGGAGAAGAACGUGAAGUUACAGUUUCAUUUACUCCAAAGGAUUCCAAAGCCUGUGAGAAAAGGAUCAUGAAAAUAUUUGUGCAGCCAUUUGGACCUCAAUAUGAAGUUGUGUUAAAAGGUGAAGUAGUUUUUUCAGUAAAUAAACCCGAGACUCUUGAAACUUGCUGCUCAGAUACUCCACCAAUUUUAUCCAACAAGCAGUUUCUGACUUGGGGAGGUGUCCCUCUUGGUAGAACACAACUUCAGAAAAUAGCUCUAAGAAAUAAUUCUACUUCUAUAACCCAACAUUUACGACUGCUUAUUAGAGGACAAGAUCAGGACUGCUUUCAGCUUCAGAACAUUUUUGGUACAGAAGAGCGAUUAACCAGUAAUUGUGAGAUGAGAAUUCAUCCAAAAGAAGACAUUAACAUCUGUGUUUUAUUCACGCCUACUCGAUUAUCUUGUAUGGUGGCUAAACUAGAAAUUAAACAACUUGGAAUUCGAUCACAACUGGGCAUUAAGUUUACAAUUCCUUUGUCUGGAUAUGGAGGAACAAGCAAUCUUAUUUUGGAAGAUGUUAAAAUAUUAUCUGAUAGUUAUAUGGUUAAAGUGAAUGGCUUAAUUCCUGGUAAAGAAUGUCAAGUUGAUUUUUCUAUUCGGAACACUGGCUCUCGAGCUGCUUUUGUUAAAGCAGUAUGUUUGAAAGAUUCUCAGGAAAACGUUUUACUGGAUCCUAAAGUGAUGAAAAUUUUUCCAGAUAAAUUUGUGCUCAAGGAAGGAACACAAGAACGUGUUACUAUAAUAUAUAACCCUUCAGACAGAGAGAGCACUUCUAGAACUGCAACAGAAUUAUCGACUAUAUACUUCUUUGGUGGUGAUGAAAUUUUAAGACAACAGUAUCGAAGAGCCCUCUUGCACAAACCGGGGAUUAUAGAACAGAUACUGCCAGAACGUAGUCUGUUGCAGAAUCUUAAUUUUGCUGAAGAAUAUCAAGAUGAGAUGCUAAUCACUGAAGUAUAUGAUCUUCCCCAGCGGCCUAAUGAUAUUCAGCUCUUUUAUGGAAGCAUGCGUAAAAUUGUACUUUCAAUGAUUGGAGAAUUCAGCGAUUCUAUUUCUAGCAGAGAGUUUCUUCAGCCUUCUUCCGAAGCUAGCUUGGAAUCUAAAAGUGAAAUUGGAACUUCUGGAAAACACAGUGGCAAUAUUUCUUUGGAUAUUUUACCAGUUAAAGGACCUCAAGGUUCCCCACUUCUUUUACAAGCUGUUCACCCACUUCAAGAUAAAUUAGCUCCUGAAGAAAUAUGGACUAUCCAACCUGAACACUUGAUUUUGACAACUUCUUCUUCAUGUAACAUGGCAAAAACCAGAUAUUUUCGGAUUUUAAAUCAUUCUGUUAGUUCACUGAAAUUUGAGUUAUAUUGGCCAGCACAUUGCCUUACAGUAACACCUCAACAUGGAGUUAUUGAACCAGAGAGUAAGCUACAAGUUCUUGUGAGUCCUCAUUCCUCAUUAUCCACAAAGCAUUCAAUGUUCCCAUGGAGUGGAUUGAUCUAUAUACACUGUGACAAUGGACAGAAGAAAAUUGUGAAAGUUCAAAUUCAAGAAGAUUUGACCCAAGAAGAGCGCCCUUUCCAUCUUUUGGCCUCCAGUCCAUUUGGAAUGCUUCCCUCAGCAUCUGAGCUUUCUGUCCGUCACCUGGUAAAAUCAGUGACUCAAUCACCAUCCACUAAAGUGGAAAUAAGAAACAAGAUUGUUACUUUUCCUGUAACAAAGCCUGGUGAAUCUUCAGAAAAUUAUGUGGAACUUGAGAAUUGUGGUGACACGGAAGUAAAGUGGCAUCUAUCAUCUUUUGCUCCACCUUAUGUCAAGGGAGUUGAUGAUAGUGAGGAUGUUUUUCGAGCUACCUAUGCAGCAUUCAGAUGUUCUCCUGUUUCUGGCAUGUUGAAAAGCCAUGGAAUUCAGAAGGUCUCCAUCGUAUUUUUGCCCAGAGAUAGAGGGAAUUAUGCUCAGUUUUGGGAUGUUGAGUGUCACCCUCUGAAAGAGCCCCACAUGAAGCACACACUGAGGUUCCAGCUCUCUGGACAGAGUGUCAAAGCAGAAAGUGAGCCUGAAUGUGCACGCAUUUCCACAGACACCCUCAUUAAGAUAGAUCAUUCCGUUAAGCCCCGAAGACAAGCUGUAUCUGAGAUUCCUGCACUUACACUAGGGCAGAUUGACCUAACCCGCCGUGGAGUUUAUGCCCCAGAAGAUGUAUAUAUGUUUCUGCCAACUACAGUUGGGGACUCAAGGACAGUAAAAGUCAAUUUGCGAAAUAACUCUUUUAUUACACACUUGCUGAAGUUUCUAAGUCCCAGGGAGCCUUUCUAUAUCAAACAUUCAAAAUAUUCUUUGAGAGCCCAGCAUUACAUCAACAUGCCAGUACAGUUCAAACCCCAGUCGGCCGGCACAUUUGAAGCUUUGCUGAUUAUUCAAACAGAUGAAGGCAGGAGUGUUGCUAUUCGACUAAUUGGUGAAGCUCUUGAAAAAAAUUAA